CGUUCUCCUCGCUGACUGGGUUGGAUCGGGAACCAUGUCCUCCUACGGCCAGCUGCUCAGCGCCCGCUGCGCUUCACCCUGCGAGGUGACGUGCGCCCAGCCCUACGUCGAUGCCUGCAGCGAGCCUUGCGUCGCCUCCUGCGGAGACUCCCGAGCCAUCGUCUAUGCCCCACCCGUGGUCGUGACAUUCCCGGGGCCCAUCAUCAGCUCCUGCCCCACAGAGAGCAUCGUUGGGUCGUCCAUCCCCGAAAUCGGCGGGGGAAUGGGCUCUGGAGGGGGUGGCAUGGGGUCUGGAGGAGGUGGCAUGGGGUCUGGAGGUGGUGGGAUGGGAUCUGGAGGAGGGAUGGGGUCUGGAGGUGGAGGGAUGGGGUCUGGAGGAGGGGGCUCCUCCUGCGGGGGUGGGAUGUCACGGCUGGGGAGCUUCUACCGCGGCUCCUAUUUCUCAGGCAACGGUAGGAAUUAUUAUCCCUAUUUUUCCCGAGGGUACUACGGGAGGUAUCGCUACGGGAACUACGGGCCUUUUUAACCCUUUAAAGCUGAGGAAUGUGCAAAGGAAAAAUAGGAUGUAGAGUAGUAGUUGAGAGCUAGGAAUUCCAAGCAGUCUCUGCUCCAGCUGAUGCGGUCGGAGCCGGGGUUGUUUGGAUCUCGUUGUGCUUUAUCCAAGGCUUAGGAUCCUGAUGUUCCCUCCCUUUGCCCCUUGCUCCUGUUGUGUUUUGUACUCCCUGAACCCGAAGAGUCAAACCAGUCAUGGGACUUGGCUGUGGAAGUGUCCAGCUGGAA